UGGGUGUGUGUGUGUAUGUGUGGCUGUGAUGUCAGCAGUCCCCUCCCCUCCCUGUCCAGCUAUAGAUGGUGGAGGACACCGCUGCCGGCCAUCACUCAACAGUCAACGAGCCGCUGAGAGCUGAACAAGUCCUAAGUGAGCCCCAGUCCUGCCUUAGUGAAAUUGUGCAGCAUCCCGGCGAGAGCUCCACCACAACAACCACCGGCACCAACCACCACCACCAGAGCAGCAGCAGCAGGCACCAUGCUCCUGAGAAGCACCCUCCUCUUCCUCCUGGCGGGAAUCCUGCUGCUCGUUUGCAGCAGCAGCAGAGCGCAGAGAAGCAGAGUGCGAAGACAGAACAUGAAGGUCCGCAUCAAUGCCACCGGCGACACCAUUGUGAUGAAGUUCCUGCGACCCAACCCCGAUGUCAAGCUGGAAGGCUACAUCCUGGGAUAUGGCAGCAGCAUGUUCUCCAAGCAAUUCAUCCAGCUACCGGAGAAUGGAGAGCCCUACGAGACAGAGAUUGAUGCUGAACCCAAGUACUUGGUUGCGGUGCAGCCAAUUCCAACCAACGAUGUCAAGAAACAAUGCACAGGUAAAGUGAACCUGGACAAGCCCCUCCACCUGGUGAUCGGCUCUGUGACACCCACGUCGGUCCUUUUGUCCUGGGGCACCUUUGUGAAGACACCCUAUGAGGGCAACAUUAUGAACGACUGCCUGGAGGAUGGGUACUACACAAUCCGCUACAGAGAGAGGAACCGCAAAUGGAACUACCAGACCUGCCCCACCAGCGACACUGUGAUUGACAACCUGAAGCCUAACACCCCUUAUGAGUUUGGGGUCCGCUCCAACAAGGAAGACCGCAGUGGCAUGUGGAGCAAGCCUGUCAUUCACAACACCAACAUGGGAGACAAAAGCAUGCAGAAGCCCAUCAAGCCAAGCAGGACCGUUAUCGCAAAGCCCGUGAAGCCCAUGAUAGCUAUCUUCCCUCCACGUCCUGCUCUUCACAACAGAACCCAGUCCAGAUUACCUCUUCUCCACAAACCAGGCUUUCCUGGAGCUCCCAGGACAUCUUUUGCUCCACCUCAGAACCACCAGGAAACUGUGCCUGGCCUGAACUCCAAUGAGCCGCAAUGGCCACAGUUCCCAUUGGACACAGACAACCAUGUUAGAAAUGCCUCUUCCCAGUCAGUGGACGUAUCACCUGCCCUUGCCCAACCUGUGCCCACCAAAUCCCACUCCUCUUCCUCCUCCUCCUCUACUGCCCCUAAUGCCCCAUCACACGGUGAUACACAUCGAGGACAGACACAGACCAGGGCACCUAGUACCACACAGAAGCUGCAUAAUCCCUCGGGUAAAAACAACGUGAGACAACUGGCCUCCUCUCAUCCAGCUAAACCGUCUGACUCGGUGGUUGUGGUGUCUGCCAGAAAUCUGACGUCUCAAGGCAGAAAGCCGUUCUCUCCCUUCACUAACGGCAUGAGAAACCCUUACUUUCCCAGGGCCAAUGACUCCUCCAAGAUCUACAGGAGAAUAGGGGACAACAACCCUCUGUGGCAGGACAGUAAACCCCAUGUCCACGGUGGUACUGAGCAGUCAGGGCCUUCCAUUGUGAAGCAGCACCAUGGACCACCUCUUCGUCCCACCAUCAAAAAGACCAAUCUGGUGGGAAAGCCAGGUGGAAUGGAUAAAGUGAUUGAUCUGAAACAGGACAAGGCUGAUAUCCUCAAGCCCAAGCUCCAACCUCCAACACCCAAGCCAGCCAAACAGGCCAAGACAACGCCGGCCCCAGACACAAACAACAAUCGCUCUGAAAGCUGGGAGACUUCUUCAGCUUUUAGUUCACUCCCUGCCUCUGAGGUUGAUGCUCUGGGCAAGAAACGCUACAUUGCUCCUCAUGUUGUUUACAAGACGGACAAGAAGCCGGAAGAACCUUGCUCCAUCACCACCUCCCUCACAUACUUCCCAGACGACGAAGCCACAGAGUCGAACGUCACGGCCCCACCAAGGUCUGCACCGCAGAACCUCACCGUGGUCACUGUGGAGGGCUGUCCCUCCUUCAUCAUCCUGGACUGGGAAAAAACGGACAAUGACACCACAGAGUAUGAAGUCAUCUCCACCACCAAAGGGCCUGAUGGGGAGCAGGUCUCCAUCCUGACCACCAACCAGACGCACACUGCAGUGGAGAACCUUCGGCCAGAGAGCAGCUACGAGUUCAAAGUGAAGCCCAAGAAUGAGCUGGGAGAGGGCCCCUCCAGUGAGCCAGUCUCCUUCAACACAGAAUCAGCGGAUCCACGAGUGAGUGAAAACGUCUCAGGAAAAGAUGCCAUUUGGACACAGUUCCCGUUCAAGACUGACUCGUUUUCUGAAUGCAAUGGAAAACAAUAUGUGAAGAGAACCUGGUACCGCAAAUUCGUGGGGGUUCAGAUCUGCAACUCUCUCAGAUACAAGAUCUACCUGAGUGACUCUUUGACUGGUAAAUUCUACAACAUCGGAGACCAGACUGGCCAUGGAGAAGACCACUGCCAGUUUGUCGACUCCUUCCUGGAUGGCAGAACAGGCUCCCAGGUCCCUGCAGAUCACCUACCAGCCAGAUCAGGCUACUACAGAGCAAUGAGGCAAGAGCCAGUCAACUUCGGUCACAUAGGAGGAAACUCUCACAUCACUUAUGUGUCAUGGUACGAAUGUGGCACACCUAUACCCGGGAAGUGGUAGAAAUUCUCCAAUCAAACUCCAUGGGGAGUCAGGAGGAGAGAAUCCCAUUGGCUGGAACAUGUGGCUGUCUUGUCACAAGGUUGGCUUGUGAUUGAUUAA